ACGUUCACGUGACAGAAGUGACGUUUGGUGUUUCCGGUUGGUUUCGACACUUCUCACGGAUGAAACUGCUCCAUUGUGGCUCAGAUCACGGAGCCACGCCGCCACUUAAGCUCAUGCCACAAGGCGAGCCAAAAUGGCGGCUGAGUAGCCGUAGUUUCUCGAGCGUGAAAUGCCAACAUUCGUGCGCACGCGCACUUCAGUUCUGUACGCGUCGCUUUUGUUUUGGUCCUCGUCAGACUGAGACAGCCUUCAUUCACCGCCGCCGAAAGUCCGCGAAAGACGGCUUUCACCCUCAACCUGCUCCCGGCGUGUCCACCAUGGGUGCCGCGUCGAGCGCGGCCGCGGAGGCCGAGAGGCAGCCGCUUCUCGUGCCGUCCCACGCCGAGGCGAGAGGGCCGCCGGUCAUCAGCCGAGUGUUCGGCCGCAGAUGGCUGGUUCUGGGACUCUUCUCCACGCUGGCCCUCAUGCAGGGGAUGGUGUGGAACUUCUGGGGGCCCAUCCAGAACUCUGCCGUCCAGGCCUUCGGCUUCACCAAGUCCGACAUCGCCGUGUUGGUGCUGUGGGGUCCAGUGGGCUUCGUCCCCUGGCUGCUCUUCAUGUGGCUCAUGGACAAAAGAGGUCUGCGUGCGUCGCUCCUCCUGUCGGCCUUCUUCAUGCUGCUGGGGGCGGUCCUACGCAGCAUCCCGCUGUCAGACCCGCCCCUCCGUCGCUGGUUCAUCCACGGGGGUCAACUUCUCAACGGUCUGGCCGGCCCCACCAUAAUGUGCGCCGGGCCCUUCCUGUCCACCACCUGGUUCGCCCCUGACCAGAGGGCCACCGCCACCGCUGUGGCCUCGCUCUUCUCUUACCUGGGCGGGGCCGUGGCCUACGUGGCGGGGCCUCUGGUGGUGCCCGCCCCCAACGGUACCACGGCCAUGACGGCGUCGGUGUCGGAGCAGUCCAUGCGGGACAAGAUCCAGCUGGUUCUGUAUGCAGAGCUGUCGGUUAUUGCAGUGCUGUUUGCCGCCGUCCUCCUCUACUUCCCCUCGCGGCCGCCCUUGCCCCCCAGUGUGGCCGCUGCCAGCCAGAGGCUGAGCUACAGGAGCAGCAUGUGCAGACUGCUCAGUAACCUGCGCUUUGUGAUGAUCGCCUUGGCCUACGCUGUCCCCACUGGUGUCAUUGCAGGCUGGGAGGGAGUCCUUGACAUGGUCCUGACACCUGCCAGAGUCAGCCAGGUGGAUGCAGGCUGGAUCGGGUUCUGGUCCACGGUGGGGGGCUGCGUGUUCGGGGUGGCCAUGGCCAGGUUUGCAGACUCCAUCAGAGGAAUGUUGAAACUGAUUCUGGUUCUCAUGUUGGCUGGAGCUUCUCUGUCCUCCACCUGGUUCACACUCACCUGUCUGAGCAGCUACACUCACCUGCCCUCCACUGCAGCCAUCUUGUACACGUCGUGCAUCCUGGUGGGCAUCUUCAUCAACAGCAGUGUUCCCAUCUUCUUGGAGCUCUUUAUUGAGACGGUCUAUCCUGUCCCUGAAGGCAUCACCUGUGGUGUCGUCACCUUCAUGGCCAACUUGUUCACUGGACUCAUGCUCUUCUUCCUCUCAUUCUACUGCACAGACGUGUCCUGGUUGAACUGGUGUGUGACGGGCUCCUGCAUCUUCAGCCUGGUGCUCCUCCUCUUCUUCAGGGAGUCGUACGACCGCCUCUACUUGGACGUCUUUGUGUCCGUCUGACUUGCUCAAGGGAGCUAGCGUGCUAGCAUGUUAGCAUGUACAUACUUUAAAAGGGACUUCCUGUUUUUAACUCUCAAAGAUGGCUGACGACCUCCAGCAGCCAAUCAGCACGCAGCAAAAGACACUUUUUUUAAAAAUAAUUCAUGUGUGUCUGUUGCCAUGGUGAUCUGUGAUGUCACUUUUAAGCUAACAGCUAUUUUUACUGACGCUUGCUAGCUGGCCAGUAUUUAUUUUCAGUCUGGAUGAGAGGAUGGUGUGGUGUGGACGCUCAGACACGCCAAGAGAAGAUCAGAGAUGAUGGUGUGGACACUAAGAGAAGAUCAGAGAUGAUGGUGUGGACACUAAGAGAAGGUCAGAGAUGAUGGUGUGGACACCAAGAGAAGAUCAGAGAGGAUGGUGUGGACACCAAGAGAAGAUCAGAGAGGAUGGUGUGGACACCAAGACGAUGGCAGACAGAAAAGGGAAAAAGUGGACAAUUGUUUUGUUUGCACAAAGUCUGGACAUUUUUACUCCUUUGGUAACAAAAUGUGGUCUGCCUUUCUUGUCUCCUGUGGCUGAUUUCCUUUCAUCUUCCUGGGGGCGUGGCCUUCUCCAGUUGGAACAUGACCUUUGAACCUCCAGCACCUUAUUAAAUCAUUUGAUGAAUAAUA